AUGGUAGACAAGGGAAAAUCAGUUGCUCUUCGGACAGACCCCGUCGUCGUCGAAGCCUUGGCUGAACACACGACAACGGUGAUAUUCAUCCAUGGGUUAGGCGAUACACCAGACAUACCACUUGGGUCGGUCGAGCACUGGAGAGGCAACGGCCAACUCGACCACGUUAAAUUUGUGCUUCCCUAUGCGCCUGUGAUUGCAUUCACCGCAAAAGGGGGAGUAUCGAUGCCCGCGUGGUUUGAUAUUCAAGUCUACGACGGCUCUCCAGAUGCGCUUCAGACCGAUGAAGACGUAGACGGUAUUUUCGCCAGCAGAGACUACAUCCAAAGUCUCAUCAACGAUGAAAUCAGCGCUGGUACACCCGCAAACCGCAUCAUCGUUGCCGGCUUUUCUCAGGGCGGGGUGGUAGCUGUUCUCGCCGGCCUGACGUUCCCACAGACUCUCGCUGGCGUCGUGCUGCUCUCGGCAUGGCUACCGCUGAUCGAAAACUUCAUGGAAUAUGUACCCGAAGAUAAUGCAAGCAAGGAGACGCCCAUCUUUUUGGGUCACGGCAUAGAAGACCGCAUGGUAACGCUGGGGUUGGCCAAGAAGAGCCGAGAUGCGUUGACGGCGAUGGGAUUUUCAAUCUCGUGGGAUGUAUAUCCCGGACUGGGUCAUGCGACUUGCGAGGACGAGCUGGACGAUGUAGAGGCCUUUAUCGACGAGAACUUGUCUUAG